AUGUCUUCCACGUCUUUACUUUUACUUAGUAUAACUCUACUCGCUUUCAUUCGAACAGUUGAUUCUGUUCAUAAACUCUAUUCAUACGAUGACGGAAACGGUGGAGACGAACAUUGUUGUAUUGCACGAAUUGACAAGAAUUACUGUUUGGCAACACCAGUCACACGUAGUUUGAUACAAGUAAAUAAACAAUGCCAUCAGUUCGAUGGACAUAAACAUCGCCGUAUGAAUGGCAAGCAGAAAAACGAUGCCUAUGAAAACAAAAUUGUCCGCCAAUUAGAAGUUCAAUCGUCUGCAGAGGUUGGCGAUAGACUGCUCUUCCAUUUGCAAACUCCACUGGAAACCAACUUGUUAAGAAGAGAUCUUGCUUGUCUAUCAUCGAAAAAACCUGCCAUAAGCUUCGAUAAAUGCUACCUGGAAUUAGCGGAUGAUUUAGAUAAUAGCAUUGACACCAUCGACGAACAAGAUAAGUCAAGCAAACGACAUAAACGACACCGUCAAUCCAAGAAUAAAAAACGUGCUGACGGUGAUAGUAAUGAAGUCGACGAAGUACACGAAGAGGCAAAUCAUGAAGAAAAGCUAGCGGAGAAAGAAAUACGUCGCAGUGAACUUCAUCAAGUAGUUCAUAUUCGUGAAGGCGAAGGUUUAUCGAUUGUUCAAAACUAUGCAAUCAAUGUAACAAGUCUUCAGCAAACUCUCGAUGAACACGACCGAUGUCUAUCAUGGUACCGCAAACAAAUGCGUAAAAUGCGACACAAUUCAAAAUUGACCAAAAUUUGCCGAAAAGUCAACGAUCAUAUCGAACAUUGUCUAAGCAAACUUCUGUUUCGUGAUACAGAAAUAGAACAUCACUCUCACAAUACAAUCGUUUCACUCGCUAUCGGAUCUAAACUGUAUUGCGAAGAUCAGGCUGGUACACAUAAAUUUCUUGGUGUUCACCGUCGAGGUAGCGUAUGUUUACACGCAAAUCAUGCAGUGACCAUCGAACAAAAGUUCAGUGACAUUGCUGGUUUAUCCAAUGUGGACAAAAAUGAAGACAUUCUUGCCUUUAUCAAAGAAAAUCCGAAGUAUCAAGCCGAAUUAGAACACGAUUGUUACGAUGGCAAGACGUUAGUCGAAGUUGAGCUGCACGAUAAGGAAAAUCAAGUGAAAAAGCACGCUACAACGUCGAAAUAA